AUGUCGGUGCACGAGCAAGUGGGCUGGCUCUCUCUGGCCGCGGCAGCGGGAUUCGGCGCUGCAGGCUGGUGGUGGCUGGUGCAGCACCGGCCCCCCCGGGAAAUCAUCCUGCUUUCCCUGGACGGCCACGCCGUCGCGCACCCCAUUCCCACUGAUGGAACCCAGCUCCCUGUUUCCUACCUCCUGACGGGCCCCGCGGCCCUGGCGCGGGUGCAGGCGGCCCCCCCAGCCCAGGCUCCCCAGGUAGCUCCCAGGCUGGUGGAGGACCCCCCCGCCGCCCCGCAGGCGGAGGAGGAGCCGGAGGUACCGGAGGCCUUCCUGGACCCCAUCUCCCUGGGCAUAACCCAUGACCCUGUCGUCCUGGUGGGCACAGGCGCCAUCUACAGCCGGGAGUCCCUCUUCCAGUGGCUGGCCACGGGAUCCCGCGUCUGCCCCAAGACCAACAUACUGCUCAAGGACAUCGAGGUCGUGCCGCUGACGGCCCUGCGCCAGACCAUCCGGGAGUGGUGCGAGCGGCACGGCGUGGCCCAGCCGCAGGCUGCGAACGCCGCCGCGAAUGAGGCCGCGCUCGCCCCACUCGGCCCCGAACUGCAGGGGCUGUUGGCCUCGCUGCGUGGCGGGGACGUGCGAUUGCGCGGCGUGGCGGCCGGCAAGAUCAACAACAUGUUCAUCGACUGGCAGCGCACGCCAGCCAUCCUGGACAUGGCCGAGGCCCGCACCGCAGCCUUCAAGGACAUGAUGCUGGACCUGCUCUGGCUGCUGCGCCACGGCGACUACUAUGGCGCCGGCGUGGCGGCGGCGGCCCUCAGCCAGGCCGACGCCGCCAUGCGCGUGGGCGAGGACGUGCGCCACCUGCUGGCCACGCUGGGCGCGCUGCCGGCGGCGCGCCUGCUGCACGCCACCGACGUGUAUGCGCAGCACUCGGCAGCGCGCUUCCUGUCCAUCAUGCGCGGCCUGCUGGGCGGCGAGCUGGCCGCGCACGUGGCGGGGGCGGGCGCGCUGAGCGCGCUAUGCCGCCAGCUGCAGCCCGGCUUCCCCUACGUGCGCUGCUCCGCGGCCGUAGCCAUCGUGGCCAUCAUGGAGUACCUGCCCAACCGCACCGAGCUGAGGCGCGUCGGCGGGGUGCAGGCCCUGCGCCGCAUGGUGGUCGAGGUCUAUGAAGCGGAGGAUGCGGGCCCCACCAAGCAGAUGCACGCGCGGUACGACUGCCGCGACGCGGCGCACGCGCUGAUCGCCGCGUGUGCGACGGACGAGGAGCUGGCCGGCCAGGUUCCGGACAGCUUCGUGGACCACGAGGGCGUCCUGGAGCUCACCGCCGACAUGCUGCGCGUGUUCCGCAGCUGCGGCCAGGCCUGGAUCGAGGGCCGGGUCCCCCGGCCCGUUCGCAUCGGAUCUGACACUCUGAUUCUGGGGCUAAACACCAUGGACGAUGACCUCGAGUUCCUCAUGGACACCGUCUCCGAGGAGGAGGAAUCCGAUGGAUUUCUGCGCUUGAUAGCGGGCGGGCGCAUGGUCGACCAUGGGACGGCGGCGAGCAACGAUGACCUUGUGGCCGCCUUGAAGCGCGGAGGGGUGAUCCAAAGUGACCUGGUGGCACGAGCCAUGAGGGCCUGCCCCCGCGACGCCUUUGUCCCCGAGGAGUACCGCUACGAGGCCCUGGCAGACUCGCCCAUACGGCUGGAGAGCAUGGAGUUCAACGUUUCGGCCCCUCACAUGCACGCCACCUGCAUCGAGGCCCUCGACAUCAAGCCCGGCCACAGGGUCCUGGAUGUCGGGUGCGGGUGCGGCAUCCUGGCCGCCUGCGCCGCCUUCAUGGUGGGCAGGGCCGGCUCCGUGGUGGGCAUCGACGUCCGGCGCCAAGCGGUGCGCCUGAGCCGCGACAACGUGCGGCGGCUGGCGGCGGCCGGCACCGAAUACGCGGCCACGGCCUGCGAGGUCGACUUCCGAGCGCGCGACGUCUUCCUGCCCUCCGCGCGUCUGCGCGCCCGCUUCGACCGCGUGCACGUCGGCGCGUCCUGUCCGCCGGAGCGGCUGGGGCCCCUGCUGGCCCUGUUGGGGCCGGGGGGGGGCCGCAUCGUGGUGCCCGUGGCGCCCAGCGACCUGCGUGUCAUCACCCGCGCGCCCGACGGCGCCGUCACCCAGCGCGUGUUGAGCCAGGUGCGAUUCAGCGAGCUGGAGGUGCCGGGGGACGCGCGCAUGCUGCUGGCCAUGCUGAGGGCGGAUCGCAAGGCGCGCACCACGCCCGCGGCCCUGCCCAGCACCUACCUGGCCGACCUGGCGGGCAUGCAGGUCUGGGAGCUGCCCACGUCCCCCUUGGGAUCGGAGAGCAGCUGGCCCCGCCGGCUGUCGUCCUUCCUGAGCUCCUGCAGCGGGAGCAGCAGGGAUGCCGGACCUCAAGAUGAAGCCACCUCGCUCAAGGACAGCGUGGACCCUGCCGUGGUGCUGCGGUGCCUGGGCUCCCCAGACAUCUCCCUCGUCGGGAAGGGCUAUGUUCUCCCCGUGCACAGGCAAGCGGCCGUGCACAGGCUUGUCAUUCCCGAGGUGCUGCGGCAGCGUUGCGAGCACUUCCGGGCGCGGUGCGAGAGCGGCAUGCGGGACGCGGCGGUGGAGACGAUCCCCGUGCCAGACCACUUUUCGCGCCAGGGUGUGGAGGCCCUCAUCGAGUACAUGUACCAUGAUGUGGUGGUCAAGGACGCCGACCCCGACAUGGCGCUGGCCACGCUGCAUGUGGCGCAGUACUAUGGCGUCCCCCGCCUCGUCCAGGAGAGCGAGCGGACCCUGGCGGGAAUCCUGCUGCAGAAGCGAGCCGCGAGCGACACCCAGGAGGAUCUGGCCGCCACGGCCCCCGCCCUGCUGACCCUCGCCGACGACAGUGGGCUGGGUCACCUACGCUCCGUGGCACUUGAUUACAUCAUCACCCACUACGACGCGGUGGCGCAGCAGCCGGCCUUUGCUGCGCUGUCCAAAGAGCAGGUCGCCAUGGUGGCGCGGGAGGCCUGUGCGCUGCAUGGCCGUGUGCUGAGCGCGCUGCGCUGCGUGGGCAGGGACGAGGUGCUCCUCCCCGACCCCGUUUACCAGUGA